AUGGUGGCGGACCGGUCCAAGAAACCAAAAACUGCCGACAAAUUGGCGGAGUCGGCGGAGGAAGACAACAUUCACAUUGACAAGGAUCUCCUUGUCUCCCUCGAGGAGCUUCAGGAUUUCCAGAAGGAACUCGAUAAGGUCAAUGAAGAAGCCAGUGAUAAAGUAUUGGAAGUUGAACGAAAGUACAACGAGAUAAGGAGGCCUGUUUAUGUGAGAAGAAAUGAGAUCAUCAGUUCUAUUCCUGACUUUUGGUUGACUGCCUUCUUGAGUCAUCCUUCACUCUGUGAUCUUUUGAGUGAGGAAGACCAGACGAUAUUCAAGUAUUUAGAUGCUCUUGACGUGGAUGAUGACUUGAAAUUGGGUUACUCCAUUGCAUUCAAGUUUAAGCCAAACCCUUUCUUUGAUAAUACAAAGCUGAUUAAGACAUUCAAGUUCAUUAACGAAGGAACUACAAAGAUAACCGGCACAAACAUUGAUUGGAAGGAAGGCAUGGGCUCUGCUAACAUCAAUAAUGAUGAAAAGAAAGGGAACAAACGACCACCAUCUACCGAGAGCUUCUUUAGUUGGUUUAGUGAAACUCAACUGGAAGAUGCAGGCGAGGGGCUGCGUGAUGAGGUCGCAGAGAUAAUUAAGGAGGAUCUGUGGCCUGAUCCUAUCAAAUAUCUUUACAAUGUAGCUGAUGAUGAAGAUUCCGAAGAAGAUGAAGAUGAAGAAGAGGGAGAAGAGGGCGACGAGGAAGAUGAGGAUGAAGACUGA